AUGAUUGGGGUCUUCCAGGGGACUGUGGGCUCUAGUGAGAAGCAGCCUCUGGCUCUGACAUGUGAUGAUUCCUCUUCUAGAAAGAUGAGUGCUUCCGAGUGCCUGCCUGAGCAGAUGGGGUACCUCCGCCAGCUGACCACAGCAGUGCUGUCCGUGUCCUUCGCCAUGGGUGUGCUGGGCAACGGGCUGGUGCUGUGGAUGACCACCUUCCGAAUGACCCGGACCGUCACCACCAUCUGGUUCUUCAACCUGGCCCUUGCUGAUUUCUUGGGCUUGCUGUUCCUGCCCAUCGCCAUCCACAAUGUUGCCUUCGGCCAGUGGCCCCUGGACGAUGUGGUCUGCAAACUCUACAUGGCCUUUCUGGCCCUGAACCUCUUCGCCAGCAUCUACUUCCUGGUCCUUAUCUCUGUGGACCGCUGCCUCUCUGUUCUCUACCCUGUCUGGGCCCGGAACCACCGCACCACCCGACGGGCCGGUUGGCUGGCCCUGGGUGUGUGGCUCCUGGCCGCCACCGCGUGCUCUCCCUACCUGAAAUUCCGGGCCACUGGAACAGUGAAUGGAUGUGACUACUGCUACUUCAAGUUCAACCUACAGAACGAGGGCACCCGGAAUGAGGAGCCAUGGAAGGGACAGAUGGCCGUGGCCAUCGCUCACUUCCUGCUGGGCUUCCUGGUGCCCUUGGUGAUCAUUGGCACCUGUGCCCACCUCAUCCAGGCCAAGCUCCGGCAGGUAGGCCUGGUCCAUAGCAGCAGGCCAAAGAGAAUGCUGCUGGUGCUGGUGACUGCCUUCUUCCUCUUCUGGUUCCCAUUCAACAUGGCGCUCCUGGUCCAGUCAGGGCUACUGAUGCUGCAAAACCAAUCCCUCUGGCCUAAGAUGAUGCUGGUCCUGUGGGCUGCCUUCUCCCUGGGCUGCCUCAACAGCUGCCUCAACCCCUUUCUCUAUGUCUUUAUUGGCAGAGAUUUCCAAGAAAAGUUUUUUCAGUCUUUGCCUUCUGCCCUGGCCAGAGCGUUUGGCGAUGAGGGAUUCAUCUCAUCCUGUCCCAGAGAUGAAGUCCCCAGAGGACAAUGGGAGCCUCCCAGCAGCAGCUGGAAAUCUCCCUCCAUAGCUUGCAAACCCUAA